AUGGCAGAAAUGUACGAAGAGCCUCAACUCACAUCUUUCGUAGAAAGACCGGACUACGGUGAGAUAGGAAGAAGUAUACAAGUCCGAACAAACUUUUUUAGGAUUCUUGACUUGCCUGAGGCAAACUUUACCCAUUAUGAUGUUACAAUAACUCCCGAUGUGCCACCUCCAAUCAACCGAAAAGUUGUUGGAACCUUCGAAGCACAACACAGAAAUGAUGUAUUAGGUGGAAUGCGGCUUAUUUUUGAUGGUCGUAAAAAUAUUUUUACGUCGAGGCCCAUGCUUUUAACAGAAGAAGACGACGGAAUUGUUAAUCCUAGACGUAUUCCUAGGAAAUUUACAAUUAAAAUAAGAAAGGUCGGUAUGAUAGAUUACCGAGAUUUGAUGCGGCAUGCCGAAGGAAAGCGUGCUUUCAUAAAUAACGUAUUAAAAGCGUUGAUGGCCAUUGAUAUUCUCAUUCGACAAGAGCCAUCAAUGAAUUAUGUAACAGUCAGAAGAUCAUUUUAUACAACAAAUGAUACUGGCCAUUUGUUUGGAGGGUUGGAAGCCCGAAGAGGGUAUUAUCAAUCAGCGAAAUGCGGACAAAAACAACUAUAUAUCAAUAUCGACAUAACUGCAACCGCUUUUUAUGAAUCGUGCUCCUUAAUAAUGUCGAUUGCUAAGAUCUUAGGACGUAGAGGUCCUGAAGAUCUUAGAGGAGGGAUGACUGAUUACGAUCAUCAAAGGCUCGAAAGAGCAAUUAAAGGAUUAAAAAUACGCGUCGUUCAUCGCGGCGAGACGCAAAAAAAAAGAAAAUAUAGAAUAAGAGGGAUUACACCCACUCCAGCCGAUAGAACGUACUUUCAGUCCGAAGGACAACAAGAAAGGAGUGUUGCAGAGUAUUUUGCCACUACGUAUCAUCGUCGGUUGAAUUUUCCGUUUUUGCCAUGUGUAGUGGUGAACAGUAAUAACACAUUCCUCCCAAUGGAAGUCUGUGAGAUUGUGGAGGACCAAAGGUACACAAGAAAAUUAAACGAUAAACAAACAGCCGAUAUGAUAAAAUUUACAUGCGUUCAGCCGCAUGCUCGAGCAAAUAAAAUUCUGGAAGGGUUUAAUAUACUAAAUUACCGUGACAAUCAAUACCUGAGGCAGUUUGGACUUAGGGUUCCAGCCAGAGUAUUGCCAACUCCUACGAUACAAUACCAUCCUUCUUCACGUGAGGCUAAAUUCCGACCAAUUAAUGGUGUUUGGAAUUUAAGGGAUAAAAAGGUAGCAACUGGAACAACUUUAGGCUCCUGGUCUGUAGUUGUUUUUUCAUCAGAAAGGGAUUAUCCGCUACCAUCAGUAAAACACUUUAUAAGGGAGUUAGUCACAACAUGUCAAAAUACUGGGAUGGUAAACAUGAAUUAUUUUAUUAAUAAAAUUCCCAAUGUAAAUCCACCCGUAAUACAUGCAAAUCCUCUAGGGGAUAAUGAAGGAACCCUAAAGCAAGCCUGGCUUCUUGCUGGUAAUCAUGCAAAAGCACAGCCACAGUUGAUAUUAUGUAUACUACCCAACACGGGUGUUGACCUAUACGCUCAAAUAAAACGGGUAUCUGAUACUGUAAUUGGCGUAGUGACGCAAUGCGUCCAAGGACGUAAUAUAAUGUCUGCAAAAAAACAAUAUUGUGCGAACGUUUGUUUAAAAAUAAACGUUAAGCUUGGCGGGAUGAAUUCUUUUCUGCUACCAGAAGAAAUUCCAUUUAUAACUGAUGUGCCUACAAUUUUGAUGGGUGCCGAUGUUACUCAUCCAGGACCAGCUGCACUGUGUGCAUCUAUGGAUGCCAAGGCAUCACGAUAUGCUGCAUCCAUACGAAUACAAAGCGGUAGAACCGAUAUUAUAGCGGACUUGUCAAAUAUGGUAAAAGAGCUCCUAAAAACCUUUUACCAAACUUGUGGAAGAAAACCGGAUAGAAUUUUAUUUUAUCGCGACGGUAUUUCUUAUGAACAGUUCAAGAAAGUGUUGGACGAAGAAAUAAAUUCAGUCAGAGCGCUUCAAGCUGAUUAUGCUCCAAAGAUAACAUUUAUCGUGGUGCAGAAAAGGCACCAUGCAAGAUUUUUUUCUAUGGAUAGGCGAGACGCAGAUAAUACCGGCAAUUGUUUGCCUGGUACUGUCAUUGAACGUGGAAUCACGCACCCUAUCGAAUUUGAUUUUUAUUUACAAAGCCAGGCGGGUUUACAGGGAACCUCGCGACCAACACAUUAUCACGUUUUAUACAAUGAGAAUAACCUUCGUGCGGACCAGGCGCGUUUUCAUUCACGGGAACAUUGGAGCGACACAGAGUCUUCCGAGAGCGCUGGGAGUGCGUCUACAUUUAGUGUCGUAAAACCUGAAUUACAAAAGGUUGAAAUGUGA